AAUAUGUGGAGGAAGCUUAGAAGUGUCUACACAGCUGUAACGAACCGAGGCAUUCCUGCUAAAAUUCUACUGAUGAAGAUUGACUUGGUUCUCGGCGACAACGAGAGCAUUGAAAACAUCCACAAAAACAAGAAAGUGCGUCAUGUGAAGCAGGUUAUUCAGAAGGAACUGGGUUGCGGCGUAAACGAAGGAGACAUGUUUCCAAUCAAGAAUUACGUCCACCAUGUAGAAUUUGACGUGGAUAUGGAUAUAUUGUUGUUGGAUUCCUUGCUCAAAAUGUUGAUGUGCGCUCAAAAGUAUUUGGAAAGCAAGUAAAUGUAUAA